ACGAUGACUUCGUCCCGAUUCCGGCGAACAUGUUUCAUGCACGCCAGUGUAUCCGGUUCUCAUUCGUUUACCGAUGCGAGUAUGUUUUGAGGUAAUACUGAGUUCAUUACAUACUCUGCCUGCUCCUGAUAAGCUCAGUUGUGGAGGUGUCCAGGCCGCAGUGCUCUCUCCUACCGACCAUCUGGUUUCCUGUCCUUACCGACUCUGUGUCCACUCCUUGCCCAGCUUUGAUACGCGAGUUCUGUUUGUGCUAUCUUGCCAGACAUGCUCACCUCCUUCUCAAUUCGUAGCUCGGCAAAGCAGCGCGAGCUCCGCGACAAGCUCUCCGCCACAGCCGACGUUUACCGAAGUCCCCAGACCGACACCGACGCAAAGAUCCUCUCUCUUUCCCUCUCUCAACUCGUGUCCUUAUGCGAAAAGAACGCUGUCACCCCGCAAGAAGUCCUAGGUGCCUACGGCAAGCGGUGCCUCCUCGCACACGAGGCUACCAACUGCCUCGCUGACAUCUUCCUCGACGAGGCUGAGCCCAGCGCGUCAUCCAUCGCCAGCUCCGCAGACAGACCACUCCUCGGCGUCCCCAUCACACUCAAGGACUGCAUCGACAUCGCCGGGCACGACACCACCGUCGGCUACUCCGCGAACGUCGGCCACCCCGCACACGCGUCCGCGCCCAUCGUGCGCCUCCUGCGCGACGCAGGCGGCCUCAUCUACGCCAAGACGACGCUCCCCACCGGAUGCCUCUCCUUCGAGACCAGCUCGGACCUCUUCGGCUCCACGGCGAACCCCUACAACCCGGCAUUCUCCCCUGGGGCAUCAACGGGCGGCGGCGGCGCGCUCCUCGCGUGCCAGGGCAGCAUGGUCGAAGUCGGCAGCGACCUAGGCGGCAGCACGCGCUACCCGGCCGCCUACUGCGGCCUGUACACCGUCAAGGGCUCCCGCGGGCGUUUUCCCAGCCACGGGAGCGUGUCGUGCAUGCCCGGGCUGGAGGCCGUGCCUACGAUCACCGCCCCGAUCGCGCGCACGCUCGACGAUCUGGAGGAGUUCUGGAAGAGGGUGGUUGGGAUGCGGCCGUGGGAGUACGACCACACGUGCGCACCGGUGCCGUGGAGAGCGGUCGACUACGCGGCCACGGGGGAGAGGCUCAAGUUCGGGCUCAUCAUGGACGACGGCGUCGUGGCACCUGCCCCCGCCACCGCGCGGGCACUUCUGGACGUCGCGAGCGCGCUCAGCAAGCAAGGUCACGAGGUCGUCCCAUUUUACCCGCCAAGUCCAUUGGAAGGCCUGAAGAUCGGAUACCAGCUCAUGUUCUCGGAAGGAGCCAGGUCUGUCACCGACCCGCUCCGGUCCGGCGAAUACAUCUCCCCCGCUCUCCGCACGGUCCGCCUCAUCCUCCGCCUCCCACUCUGGCUGAAGAAGCUCCAAGCCACGCUUCUUCGCUGGUUCUCGCGGCCGUGGGGGCGCAACGACGCGUGGGCGAGCCUCAUCGAAGUCUUCCAUCCGAAGACCGCGCUGGAGGAGCGCAGGCUCGUCGUCGCGCUCGAGGCGUACAAGGCCGCGUGGCACGAAGCCUGGAAGCGCGAGCGCCUGGACUUCGUGCUGACAGCCCCGCACGCCCUCCCCGCGGUCCCGAGGGAUCCCAAGGCGAGCGAUAAGGCGACGCUGGUCUCGGCGAAUUAUGCGUUCUUGUAUAACGUCCUCGACUAUGCCGCAGGAGUGCUGCCGGUAGGCUACGUUGACCGGGCAAGGGACAGCUACUCGCCCGAGUACCGGAGCGAGGCGAAGUACCAAGGGAUGAACGAUGUCGCGCGUGCAGUGCACGAUUUGUAUGACGCGGAAGCGAUGCACGGUAUGCCGCUCGCAGUGCAGGUUGUCAGUGGGCGGUUCGAGGAAGAGAAGGUGAUCGCUGGAAUGAAGGUAAUCGAGAGGGCGUUGUGGGAUAGCGGCAAGGGUUUCGUACCGAGACGCUUUUGAAAUCGCUUUGUCGGUGAUCGGGUUUUGCUUGUGGACAGAUGAGGCUCUCGUGUCUGCUGCUGCUAUGCUCGUUGCUCUGUGUAUUCUUCUGGAUUAUGUACGUCCUCUCGCUUUUUCGACCGCGUUCUCUUAGCUUAGGUCACAUAUUACUCGCUUGUAUAUCUCAGGAACAACUCAUCUAAUCUCACAAUGCACUACUACCACAGACGCUAUCUCUUGACCCUCGAUUCUAAUCGUUUGUCUGUCAGAUUUGUCGCCGGACGCCCUGUUGGAAGGGGUGGCAUCGGCGGUGUAAUUAGCACCAGCAGAACUUCUCGUUGUAAACCCAGUCGAGCUCAUCCUCUUCCUCGUCACCGUACCACUUUACGGCGGACAGGUGCUCCUCUCUGCCCGUGGUCCUCCAUCCCUUGCCCUCCGCAAUAACGCGAAGUUCGGGCUGGAGGUACCAGAACUCGAUCUUGGCCGCCUUCUCCUGGCGCGCGACGGCCUUGAUCUCCUCCAGCAAGAUGGGGAACGUGUGCUCGUCCGCCCUCAGACGCGUGACCACGACAAUCCUGGCAUCCCGAACAGAGUCGAAUGUCCAGGAGAUGAACGGCAGAACGGACUCUGUGGCAAGCGCGUGUGCGAGAUCGGAGGUAGAGGGAGGGAAGAUGACCGAAGCCCACUGCGACGACGGCAGGCUGGGCUGCAGGUCGGGCGUGAGCGUCAUACACCGGAUGAUCGCAAAGGCUCCGACGCCCUUGUUGGGUAGGAACGUGAAGCGCGUGCGGCGUUGGCGAGCAUCAGACGCAGACGCCGCACAGGGAGGACGGGAGAGGUCAUCUUUGAUCCAGUUCGCGUCGUGACUAUAGAGCUUGAUAACCUCGUCCACCGUCAGGCGCCUAAGAUUGACGUUGGACUCGGUGGCUUCGGAUUCAACAUGCACAUGUGAGGCGAGAUCCGCUUCGGGGUUCAUAUGCCAGGAGGUCUCCUUUGCUCCCGUAACAUACCAGCCGUUGCGUGAUGUGGCAUUCAGCCCGCACGAUCUGUAGAAGUCGCUCCCGAUGUCGCUGUACAGGACAGAGAAUUGUGCGUUUCCAACUCCGGCCGACUCAAGUAUCUUCUCGUCUGGUGGGACGCCCCAUUCUUCGGGGAACGUGGAAGACAAGGCGGACCGCGGUGCCAACACCCAGUGUAGAAGCCGCAUCAUAUGGCGCGCGUAGCCCUUCCCACGUUUUUGCGCAGGGGUGAAUACGGAUGCGACGCCGUAGGCGGUGACCUCUUUGACAUCAGGCGCAGACGAGCCUCCCGACUGUCUCGAGACGAGUGCCGAUCUGCGGAACGUCUCACACGAGCAAAGGAAGUCUAUUGUGGUUGGGUCGCUUCUGGGAGCGAGCACCCAGACGACGAACUUGCCAUCGAUUGCCGGCUCACGCGUCUCCAAUAUAACCUCGGUGUGGAGGUACUCUUUUAUAGACCUGCCUCGGCCCCACUGCAGCAAAGUGCGCUUGCGUGACUCGAUGGUCUGCUCUCGCGUCGCAGGGAAAAGCGAUAGGUCCGCGAGAGAUAGCUGCGCAGCUGUUGUAUCCGACAUUUGUUAACAGAGAUGCGUCGUCCCCGACAUCAGUGCUGGCCCAGUGUGAUGGUUUUCACCAAGAUCAAGUGUUAGACACGAUAGAUCGCAUGGGCAUGCCAUGUGAUGUAUAUCGAUCACUAUCAUCGUGGUGGAGACUGGUACUGGAGUACCAUACUACCAAGUCAGUACGCCAGAGCGGCCCAACAGGCGCCUGUUCCAAGCCGGGAAAUUUGAUGGAACCAAUGUUUCAACGAACCUUAGCUCCGACUCACUCCCGAGGACAUCUUGUCCUGCAAAUUCAAGGCUUGGCUUCUGAAUCUCAGCCGAAGUGACUGUAUGCCGAGCCUUCAGUAUUGCAGCCGAUCAACCUCUUCGCUUCCACAGGCCUCCUUAACAUACGCUGCACGAAUAUGUCCACCUCUUGACGUCCGCUGUCGUGGAUCUCCCGGAAAGUGGCCGUGGCGCAUCCGUGAUUUCGCUCAACCGCAGUCAGCCUUUCCUCCAUGUCGUCUUAUCCCAAAUGCUUCCGGAGCACUCUCUCAUUAACCUCGCUGGCCCAGGCCCAGACCCAAUGUCGAGUAUUCCUGUUUGAGAGACGUUCCAGGCUUCCCCCUCACGGCCCAUGUGCUGAUCGUCUCCGUUCCGCCCGCCGGCAGGUUUUAUCGUCUCAUUGUUGGGAGGGCCGAUCUACCGAGGCGACAAAUCUCUUGGUGUAUCUCAAGGAAUAAGCAGAUUUCAGCUGUGCGAUGCGACUCCAUAUUGAAAGCCAGAGCCUAAUCAGUCAUGCGGACCGUUGUCUCAGAAUGUGUAAGUGGCAAAGGGCGGUCAGCAUGGAAGGUCCGCCUCGGCCCCGUUCUCAACAUCUUCCCUCGGCUCUCAAGUACGUCAUAUAUGUAAUGCUUGUUAUAGUCACUCACGACAAGCACAGGCGAUUGGCGCAACUUUGCUUGCAAAGGGAUGCUAUGAACCGCCGAGGAGCUGAGGAGGUGCUCCAGCAAUGUCUGCUUAUCGAUCUCAUCUCAUCGUCGUCAACACACGGCUUACUUGACACGAGCUACUACGGGAGUCGGUUCAGGCACGACCGAAGACGCGCGAGAAAUAGCUCUGGAGUCCUUCCAGAUCUUGAGCGAAGCCGCCUACGUAUCCGUCAGGGCGGACCACAAAGAUCGCCAACGGGCCGUCGGACACAUGGUACGCUCUGUGCGCAUGGCCCUCCUUGUCGUGGUAUGCGACGGCUCCCGCAACAGUGGGAGGAACUCCAUCGCGACCAAUGACAACCGUCCGUACGGUGCCUUCGGGAUACUCCUGCGCAGCCCUUACGACCGCGUCGACGUCCGCCCCGCCUUCAGUUGUGAAGACGAGCAGCGUGUGAUGGUACGGCUUGAAGAUGCUGAAGAGCGCGGUCUCGUUGCCGCCGACAUCGAGAAGGGCGGGGGCGUCAGGCGCGCGGUCCCCUGCCCGCACGUCCCCGCCGGGGUACCCCUCGUACGCACGCGCUCUCAUUUCGUCCUCGUCGAAGCCGAGCGUUCCCCGUGCGUCGAAAACAACGGGGCUCCAGCGAUAGUUGACCUCGUACAUGCGGAGGGAGAGGUCGCGCCACUGGAGGAAGCCGUUCUUGUCCAUAUUGGCGUUGGCGGCCUGCACGUCUUCGGAUUUCUUUGGGACUAGGUGCGUGUAGAGGUUGGAGGUGGCGAUGAGCAUGUGGGUGACCACGGGGAGGCGUUCGGCCUGGUAAGAUGGCAGCAGGAUCGGAGAUGCGAGGCCUUUGUGUGCGAGGGCCAAUUUCCAGCAGAGAUUGAGCGAAUCCUGGACGCUAGUGUUGAGACCUUGGCCGCCGGAAGGCGAGUGGACGUGUGCAGCGUCUCCGACAAUGAAGACACGGCCCUCGUAAAACUUGUUGACCAUCCUCAUCUUAGGUUUCCAAUACGUCAAGGAGGUGAAAUUCUUGAACACUAGAUCCUUGCGACCGGUGUUCUCAUGAAUGAAGUCUACGAGCUUCUUCUCGUCGACAAGAUCCACUGGAUCGAAGUUCUGGCCAAUCACUCCAACGUGGAACUUGCCCUCUUCGCCUUUAGGACGAAUGCCAAUAGUGAAUUUGCCAGGCUGAGGCCAGACGUGCCAGUAGUCGGAAUCAACCCCUUCAACUUCAGCGUCUGCCCAAACCUGGCCGUCUUCUUCUUUCGUCUGACCCUCAUAGGUGGCCCCAAUCGCGCGCCGAGUAAAGCCUCUGGCACCGUCGGCACCGACGACAUACGCCGCACGGAUGGUCUCCGUUGUUUCCGACCCGUCGGAGGCGACCUUCUUCACAGUCACGGUGACUCCAUCAACGUCCUGUUCCAUCGAUAUGGGUUCCGUGCCAAGCUCGACAUGCACACCCCGCUUGGCGAGGUGGUCACGGAAGAUUCCCUCAGUCUUGUACUGGCUCAUCGCCUGGGGGUGCUGUGGCCGGGAUGUGUUGGUCGAUGAAUGGGUCUCUCGAGCCAUCUGCAAAAAACCUACUUCGGGACGAUCGGGGGUGCGUUCGAAAUGCUCAUGCAUCCACCAGGUUCGCUGAGGCUCUACGCCCCCUGGGAGCUUGUACGAGCGCAUCUGGACGCGCUUGCGGGCGUGGAGACGGGCAUCGUCGAGGACACCGAGGAAUCGGAAGACUUCCAUCGUUCGGGGCUGCAAGCCACUACCACGAGAUGCCUGGUGGAACGAGGUGACCUUGUCGAUGAUACGGACAGGCACUCCGUUCUGUGCCAAAGUCAAUGCUGCAGCGAGACCCGAAGGACCACCACCGAUGACAAGGAUGGGGGUAGUCUUGUUCUGAACAUUGGUCAUGAUUGUAGAAUAGUAUGUAUGAAGCGACUCUGAGUCCUUAGUUCUGUGGGUGUUUUCGCGUGACUGCUGAGGUAGC